AAGAACAUGGAUUUGGUGAUCAGGCAGCAGUUGUCUGCAGCACAGAACCACCAAGACAUUCAAGCUUUGAAGAAUACUUAUGAGUUGAUCAAAUCAGCCAAUCAAGGGAAAUCUGCACUUGAUUCAUCAGAGAGCUUUAGCUCUGAUUUAUAUGUCUUGUGUGCAGAACAAGCACUCCAGUUGGAGUAUCCAGAAAUUAGCAGUGACUGUCUACAGAUGUACUUUAAAGGAAGACAUCCUGUAACCCAGUUUAUGGGUAGAGCCUACUUGUGCCAAGGCCAGUUGUACACCCCACUCUCCACAGAUAAUUUGGAAAAGUUUGAGAAAUUUGUGAUGUACCUUAUGAAAGCAUUAGACUUUGCAAUACACGAUCCAAGAUAUUAUUUUUUGAUAUAUAAUGCCUCAGUCCUUUACUGGCAGGUUGUAAGGCCAUAUCUUAAACCUGGGUUCCGCUACCUUCUUAUUCCCAGCCUAUCUCAGAUUGUAACAGCAUUAAAUCAAGCUGAAGAGCAAGACAAGCAAUGGCAAGCAGAACUCAUGAUAGAGCUACUUGAAUGUUUCUUGGAUGCUUCGAAAAUGAAAGAAGCAGUGGAUUUUUCAUCUACAGCAGCCGCAUUCAUUAAAAAUAAUGUUCCAGAUAAAUACCAACACAUAUUUUCUCUAAUGGUGCAUCACAAACUAAUGAACACUUCCCAGAUAGAGGAAGACAUACAAAGCUCCAUCAGUUUGUCAGUCAUUUAUAAAAUUCAAACAAUAAAAUCACAAUUGGAUACAAAUGAGUUUCCAAGAGAAGCCGCCACAAGUCUGAAUACUGUGUUUGAACUUUUGAAACAGUAUGAUGAGGAUUCUUCAAUUUCAGUUCUUGAUGAAAAUGCAGACACCACACUGGACCCAGUAUUCCAGCAGUGGUCUCACCAAUGUUGUAUACAAAGAAUUCCUUUGCUUCUAGAAUUGGCUCGUCUUUCUUUGAAGUUAAACUGUAUCCAACUUGCAUUUGAUUGCAUACAUGAUUUGAAGAGAGCUGGGAUUAAAGAGCCAGGGAAACUGAUUGAAAUAGAAUGCCUGGAAUGUGAAUAUGAAGUCCAGAAACUUGGCACUAAAAUUGCAACCUAUACUAAAGGUGUUGUUGAGACUCAGCUGAAAGUGAUAAGAAGACUUGAACAAGCGUUGCAACAUGCAGUUCGACUGGGAGACCCCAAUGUUAUUCAGGUGGUUUGUGCUACGCAGUGGAAUCUUUGCCUGCCACUGCUACAACACAAUUUACAUCAACAUGUACGAAAACCAUUAAUAUCUGUUGCUGAUAUCUUAGAAAAGAUUGACAGCUUGUUGAUUUUGCUACGUUGCCAAGUUCAUAUGGAAAUUGCUCGUAUUGAAGAAGAUGAAGAUAGAAUAGAGGCUGCCAUGGAACAUUUUCAGAAGGCUAUAUAUCUAGAUAACAAUGGGCAAUACCAGGAACAUCUGAAAAUGGCUUUUCAUCGUCUUCAUUUAUGCACUAUGUUGUACAAGUCACCUGAGCGCCUAGAGGAUCAAGCAAUUAUGAUGAUUGAACAGGCUAAAAAAGGGAAGCAGAAAGAUAGUGUGAGGAAAAAGCGGUCUCUUUUGGUCAAUGCAGGUCUUGCACUAGCUCCUGAUGCAUUUCAAAUAGUCCUUGACAGUGAAAAUGAAGCUAAAGUUUCCUCAGGUAAAAGUAGGAGUCAAAUAAGUUAUCUCUGUGCAAAAGCACAGCAUCAUACUAAGAGUGUGGAGAAAACUGAUGGACAUUUGAAACGAUUAGGACAUGGAAAUGACAAGGAGAGAAUAAGACUUUGGGCAGAUUUGGCAAAAGUUGCACGGAAACAAGGAGUAUGGGAUGUGUGCCGGGCAGCAUGCAGAUUCUGUCUCUUGUAUGAUGAUGCUCAGAUGAGGAAGGUACCAAAAUCUAAAAAAUUACAAAAGAAGAAAGCUAGUACAAUUGUGAUGGAUGAUAAUCGAGGUGGCAGCCUACAAAUGGAAUCAUCCGUGCCCAUUAAAUCAUUCUCUCUUGAAAGAGAUUUACUCAGAACAUUAGCAGAAAUAAGAUUCAUUAAUGCAGAGGCGACUAUUCAUUUGUUAAGAUUGGAGGGUGUUCAGCUGAAUGAUCAUGCUGUCCCACCUGAAGAUACAAGCCAGCAUCCCACAGGAUAUAUUUCCAAACUUCCUGAACAUGAUCCAGACUGGAUAACAUACAGUAUCUGGGUAGACCACUUAUCCCAAUAUACUAUGGAAAACUUUCUGCGGGCUGCAGAAAUGGGAGAAGAGUUGAAUGAGGCCUGGAUUGUUCACAACACAGUGGUGUAUGUCUUAAAUCACAAUAAACAUCUUAUAGCUUCAGGAAGACAGCGAGAGAUUGUUGAGUCCCUGCAGAGUCUUCUCAGUGCAAUCAAGAAUACUGGACACAGUGGAAAUACUGUUGUUUUGGUGAUGUUAUGUAAUGCUUUGGCUCGAGGCCUAAUUCUUUGUUGGAUUCCAAAUUCAGUUUUGAAAACUGGUGAGAAGAAAAAGAUAGACGCAGCAACAGACAAAAGUAAAAGGCCCUCAAUAAGGGGGGUUGAAAAAACAAACAUUGUCCAACCUUUGUCCGUGGAUCCAAAUGGACUCCCUGAUAUUAAAGCGGCCUUAGAGGUUUGUGAAUUUGCCCUGAAUUUGACAAAUGGAAACAUACCUAAUGAACUGGUACCUAUUGCUGUACGACAACAGAUCAUUGCUACCUGGGUGAAAGCGAAACAGUUACUUCAGCAACAAAUUUGGCAUAAACUUGGAACUGAUGAUGAGAAUGGCGAGGGACAAAAUCCAAUCACAAAAGUUCUUGUUGCUUUGGAAAUGUACUCAUGUAAUGGCUUGGGUCUCAUGGACUUUACUGUUCCCAGUUUGUCUCAGUUAGUGAAAAUGACUUUAGAAUGCAACUGGUCAGAUCCAUUAGUGGAAUUGCAGACAUUGACACGACUUACACAUUUUGCAUAUGCAUCACAUGACCAUGAAAUAGUGAUGACUUGUUCCCAAAGAACCUUGCAACUAGAUGAUGCAGUUUUGUAUGAUACAGAUGCGAAGAAACAUGAAAUAGAUGAUUACACAGCAAGACAAGAAAUGUUAAGCACUGCUGCUUGUAUACAGGGGAGGAGUAUAAUGGAAAAUUUGGCUGGAAAAAAACAUUUGCGCUUAGCAGCAUCGAAAGCCUUUGUUCAAAGUGCAAGAUAUGCAGGUGAAACAGGAAACUGUAUCCUUGUAAUACUGGCAGCUAGACACUUCUGGAAUGCAUGUUUACCUUUUAUAGGAUCUCCACAAGACAGAGAACAGCUUAAAGAGCCCACAGAAACAAUUCUCAAAAACAUCACUAAAGCAGAAUCUAAAAUUAAGCAGGGAACAGAAAAUAUGUUGCAGCUUCAUCAGUGGCCUACAAAGGAUUUUCAAAGUAGUGGAUCAUCAGAAGGUCAUUUUCUCCCAGGUACUGAAGAGGAUCUGACAUUAAGACCAUCCCUGUAUGGGUUAUUAUUCCAUAUGUAUGCUGAUAAAAGUGAUUGGGAGACAGGGCUCAAAGUGUUAGAUGAAGCCAUUCAAGUUCUGCCUCGAACUAAACAUAGACUCCUGAUUUUCAAACAUAUGGUUAUAGUGAAGGCAAGACUUGGACGUAACUUUAUGAUGGACAUUCAGAAAUUCAAGGAUGAAAGUGAGGACUAUUUGUCACAUAUGUGGCAUCGUCUAGCACCAAUCUCCAAAGACAUUGUUGGGCAGUUAACCUGUUAUCAGAAUGCUAUUGAAGCUUUACAGAAACAAGAAAGUGAGUGGCAGAAAGUUGAUUAUCUAAUGGAAUUUGCAGAAUGGUUAUACUGCAAUCAGUUUCCUCUUAAUGAUGCUAUUAAACAUCUGGACUGGGCAGUAGAUAUCUUGCUACAUUUGAAACUUGCCAAAGGACCUCUUGAGGAAGAAGAGAAAAACAUCAAACAAGAAAUACCAUCUCCAGCAAAGCUGAAGGUGGAUUUUGGGGUAAAUGUUACAAUUCCCCAAAUUGCUAAUGAAGAUUUAAAAAACAUAAGGCAAUUGGAAACUUUGUUUAGAGCACAUACUUUAAUGGCUGUAAUUUCUGGCCAUAGUUCACCUUAUCAUCAACAGCACUGUUUGAUGGCUUAUGCUUACAUCAUUCGUAUCUGGCAGGUUUCAUUGUCUGCAGCUGGAUCUGUUAUAAAAGCAUUACCAAAAUCCUCACCAUCUACUGCUUCCCAGAAUGCACAGUCAGCCACACCUAAGAAAGAUAAAGGCAAAAAGGAUACAAAACAAAACCCACAAUCAACCACCCUUAAAAAAGACCAAGCCCAAAAGGAUGCCAAGCAGGUCCAGUCUUCAGUUAUGAAGGAGAAGCCUAAACGAAAAGGACCAGUUGAAGCAUUACCAGCGAGUGUGGAGGAAUGGGCUAGCUAUGACUGCCCUGAUGAAGUUAGAGAUGCUUUUAAACAGGAAACAAGCUGUUAUGUUAUUAACCGGGAUAAUAUUCUGGUACCUACUUACACUUUAUAUUUUAUGGACCUUUUGGCUAAGGAGCUGCAGAAAAUUUCUUGCAACCACUUUACUCUUCCCAUCUUUCAGCUGGCUGAGGUUAUUGCUCAUGAUGUUGUGGAAAGUAAAAGUCUGUCUGAUCUCUACCAUCUUCGAAUCUCCCUGGUAUGUUCAGAUAUAAAAUUGAGUCAGGCAUUCUCAUAUCAUGAGAAAGCAGUUGGAGAAGCAUACAUUAACGAAGUGGAACAGGCAAAGUAUAGACAAGAGAUUGCAUUAAAAAAUGGGGAAAAUGUGCAACCUAAGGAGGAGGAAAGAAAUGGAUUAUCUGAAUGUAGCAAAUCACAUAAUAAUGGAUAUAAGAACUCACUUACUGCAAAGGAAAAGAUUUUGGAGUUAGAUGCAGUAACUGGAAAAGGGCUAAGGGGACUUUCUUUCCCUUACUUGUGGAUUGACAAAGCUGAAGUACUAAUUCAGCUGGGCUUAUAUCAACCAGCAAGACUACUCCUUUCAGAGGCACACAGUGCAACACAGGAAAUGAAUGACAUACAUGCUGUGUCAAGAUGCUUGUACCUUCUUGCUGUACUAGCUAACCUGGAAAAGAACCAUGGGCAAGCUAAGGCACUUCUUGAGAAGGCACAACUGAUAGGAGGAAAUGAACAGUUUUGGUACGAUAGCACUCUGAGUCUCAUACAGGCAGUUCUAGAGGAAGAUAAGGAAGGAAAAGAGAGAGUGGCAUGCAAAAUUCUGCAAAAAACUGUAAAGGUGUUCAGAUCUACAUUAGAGGAGAGACCUAACAGAAAGUCUGAACUGGGUUUUAUAAUUGCAUCCCUUGAAGCCAGGAGAACAUUUAUUCAAAUAAAAUAUGCCCAAAAUUUCAUGAAGGUUAAAGCUGAGUCCUCUCAGUUAUCAAGUAUGCUACAGGAACUAUAUGAUGAAUUAAUUCAAAUUGAGGAGGACUUCCUUCGUUAUGGAUAUAAAGAUCACAGUGCUGAGAUCCUGCUGGAACGUGCAAAUAUUCACAGAACAAUUGCAACACAUACAGAAGAUGAAGAAGAAAAACAUAGUCGCUAUCUAGAUGCGUACAAGUUAGCUCAGAGAGCAGUAUAUGAAGAAGAAGAAGUGUUUAACAAUAUCUGGAGCUUGCUUCCAGUUCACGAGAUUAAAAAUAUUAGUAUUCCAUUAAUGAGACGGCUUGCUAAUACGAAGCUAAGUUUUGUGGAAAUUAAUUUGGAUAUUCUUCAUCUUGUUAAUGUGGAAAAAAAGCGGAAAGAACUGAGAGAGGGAUCACUUAAUCAACUUGUUGAAGAAUUUGUCAGGUUAACACCUGAUAGUGCUUCUGUGGAACAGGGAUGGAUAAACAUAGGACGGACUGUGGGUCACACUGCACUGGCUCAGUUAGCAAGUCUACAAAGUCUUCAUACAGGAUGUCCUGAUAUCAAAGCCAAGUACCUGUAUCUGACUGGGAAAACUCUGCGUUUACUUGCGGUUAAUGUGGACCCCUUAAAUUCAGAUAUUUACUGGAAUGAAAAUGUUAUGGAAGAAACUCCAUUGAACACCAUGAAGCCUCCCACAACCAAAGCAGAAUGCAAUGAACGUGAAAUGACAAGUAGCAGUUCUCCAAUUAGUAAAAAACAACAUCAGGAUCAAAGGAAGAAAGCAAAUGAAUUAAAGAGAAAACGGAUUUUGGCCCAAAGAUACCUCUCUCAGUCCAGUGAAGUUUUGCUUCAGUGCAUGAAUGUUGCAUUCAGUAACAACAUAAUUGAUAUUCUGGCUGCUGCUAGUCUUGAAAUCAUUGAAUGCAUUGGACAAUUUGAUCCAGUUUCAAGUAGCCAGUUUUUGGCCCUUCAUCAGAGCUGUUCAUCAUCUAUGAUGAUGAAGGAUAUCCUGCUAGCAGCCACUUCUAACACUAGCAGCUCUCAGCUGGCAGCACUAUUGCAUCUUCAGCAUCACUUAAAACAAAAUGGGGACAUAACCAGUAGUCUUCUCAAAAAUGUGGAGCAGAGGCUAACUGCUACCUCAAAGGCAUGGGGCAAUCUCUGUGUUCUUGCACAACAUUUUAACAUCGUAAAUGAAUUGCCACCAAACUUCCAUAUACUCAUUCUCCAGCAUUCAAACGACAGAUCAAUGUUGUAUAGUGCAAUGAUUGAUAAGCAAAAACUCAGUAGCGGACAACAGAAAGGAAAACCAGGUCAGCCAAUGGUGCGGGCUAAAGUUUAUCGUUUUCCUGUGAAUCCUGAUACAAUCUUGAUUUUGUUGGAAAAAGUACAUCUUUACAAACAGGAAAGGAUGAAUAAUCUCCUCAGACAGGAAUUACAAAAGAAAUUCCAUGUAGAGAAAAUUGACUUUCGAAAAUGGCAAGAAACUACUCCCAAAAUAGAUAUGAAUCUAACAGAAAACAUAAAUGAAAAUGAGAAAAAUUUUACAUCAGAUUUCUCUGAUAUUUUAAAAGCCGUGGAAGAAUAUCUGAAACCAGUUUUGCCAGUAUUUGAUUUUACUGAUUUUAGACAGCAGAGUCCAUCAGUUUCAACAGCAGAAUCAGGAAAAACAAAAGCCAAAGAUAAGGAGACGAAACAUACUGGAUUACAAGGUGGACUUAUGGAUUUAGGUGAUUGUGUGAUAUUACUAGCAGACAAACUACUUAUGGAGUUACCUCUGGAAGCUCUAAGUACCUUUCAAGAGGAGGCAAUAAGUUCUGUAUCCAGAGACUUUUCUCUCCAAAUUCUCUACAAUCGAAUACAUGUAGAAGAACCAGAGAAUGAAGUAAAAAAAGACCCUAAAAGUUCAAAGGAACCAAAACCAAAAGUGGAUCAGAAAAAGAACGUCAAAAUGGUACCCAUUAAUCGUGUUCUACCUCCUAACUGCCUGUCUGUUGAUACACACAAUUUUAAAUAUGUUGUGGAUCCAUAUAAUGAAGCAAGAGAAGCAGAAGCAGUAUGUCCUUCCCACAAAAUAAAGGAAAUCCUAGAAAAAUACCAUGAGCAAUUUACACCACACUGGGAAGGAGUUAUUGGUAGCAUGCAUGUUCCAAGCCAAGCUGAAUGGGAGCAGUUACUGAAUAACUGCAGUGCGUUUCUGUUCUAUGGAAUGGAAAGAUUCUUGUCUCAUAUUUUACUUAACAGAUUCAUUGCUAUGAACAUCCCAGAAUGCCAGUUGAUGGUACUUUUAGAUCUGGUGCAAUCAAAUCAGAGUUUCCAACGACUGGCAAAGCUUGAUACACUCAAAAGUCGUCUACAUAUGUCUGUAGAGAGACCAACAGAGACAGCAAUCCUUCUAAGCCUUACUGGUGUUCGUUCCAUAAUGGCCAACCAGUGGUAUACAACCCUACAAGAGAAUGCAAAAAGGCUGGAAAUCUUGUCUGAAAAUUUGUUACAAACCGGAAAAACAACCGGGCAGACCAUUCGUGUUCUUCAAAAGUAUAAGAUUGGAGUGGAAACGUCACCAACUAGAGUGGAAGAGUAUUCUAAGAAUUCUUCUAGUGAUGAAAUCGAAAACCAAAUCAUUCUCAAUCAGUCAAACUUUCCUGCAAUUCAGCCAUCAUCUUUCAAUUGUAUAUUAUAUGGGCUACCCAACAUAAUUGUUAUGUGA